AUCUUUUCCGAGCUAGAGUUCAUGUCGCGAAAAAAUGUAUGGUUCUGAGUGAUGAGACAUAUUAUAAUGAAAUAAAUAAAGGUGUAGCUGAUGCCACUUCUCUAAUGACAGCAUUGAAUAUUGAGGCUCUUGCAAAAGAUGAUUGCUUUAUAUUAGUUGAGUGUAUACACCGAGAAACUUAUAAAAUGAUAGGAGAAAGUGAUUCGAUUAAGAAUCGUCAAGAAGAUUAUAUUCAAGCAUUAAUGCGACCAUCUUUUAUGAGCGGAAAUGUGUUUGCACCUAGCACUUUAGACACCAUGCUAUGUCAAUGUUUUUAUAACCGUCAUAUUCCUAUAAUCUUGAAACGUUUAAUAUUCAGUCAUGAUAUGGAUGAUGAAAAUUUAUCACCAAAGAUUGAUAUUGAACAUUAUGGUCGAAAUUAUUGGAAUAAUAUUGGUCUUAGUUCAGGUCAUGUAUUUCAAGUUGAAGUCCCUCAUCUAUAUAUAGUUAGAGCUCAUAAAGCAAUACCACUUGGAUUAUAUCGACAUGUAGUACAUAAUGAUCAAGGGUUACGAUAUGUUUAUGUUAAUCCUGAUACAAAAU